AUUCGCGCGUGAGCUGGCUGGAGCCGCGUCGGUGAUACCCAGCAGCUGUGCAGGCAGCCUCGCGCGUGGGGUGCGUCCUCCCCUCGUCACACCUGCCCGGGGUUCCCGCGGAGACACAUGACCGAGCGGACUGAGACAGUGAAGGCCACGGACAAAAGCCUCUGUCACCGGUCCUCCACUGCACGGUCCUCCACUGCACGGGAACAGCUGCGACUCUGACCGGCAGCCACCGUAGUUAAGCGCCAGGAUUUCCUUGGCAGACGGAGCCGACGGUGGUCACGUCAUGCGCCUGGCACGCGUCCAGCUCCUUGCUUUUGUCCUGGCCUUCUGCGGGGUCUCUGGGGUGCUGGUGGCCACCGUGCUGCCCAACUGGAAGGUGACUGUGGACACGGGCGCCAACAUCAUCACGGCCAUCGUGCAGCUGCAAGGGCUGUGGAUGGACUGCACGUGCUACAGCACCGGCAUGUUCAGCUGCAGCCUCAAGUACUCCAUUCUGUCCCUCCCCACCCACGUGCAGGCCGCGCGGGCCGCCAUGGUCCUGGCCUGCGUGCUGUCCGCUUUGGGCAUCUGCACUGCCGCCGUGGGGAUGCAGUGCACUCGCCUAGGAGGGGACAGAGAGACCAAGUGUCACACUUGUUUUGCCGGGGGCGUCUGCCUCAUGUCUGCCGGGGUCUCCGGUCUAAUACCGACAGUGUGGUACACAAAGGAGAUCAUCACCACCUUUCUGGACCUGACAGUUCCCGAAAGCAACAAACAUGAACCUGGAGGGGCUGUCUACGUCGGAUUCAUUUCGGCCGUGCUGCUGCUGACCUCUGGCACCAUCUUCUGCACUUCCUGCAUGAAGAGGGACCAAGACGCUUGGCUCUCCCCGCCCAAGCAGCCGCACAUGCCCACCGCAAAGCUGGAGGGCGACUCCGCAUACCACCUGAAGGAUUAUGUGUGAAUCCCUGUGUGAUGCACGUGGAAUUUUUAGAUGCCUGCUGGGACUUUUGUGUUUAUUUUAGAUUUUAUAUAUAUAUACACACACACAUACACACACACACACCAGAAUUAUGCUUAACUUUCUCAACAAAGUUUUGAAAUGCUUGAAAAAAAUAAAUUAAAAA